AUGAUAGUCAAGCCUAGAACUCGAGCUGGUGCCUUAUCUCAGACGAUUGAUAAAUCCAAAGAGGUCCGACCUAUAAUACGAAGUGGGAAGAAGGACCUCCUCAAUGCUGUGAUGGGGGAUCCAACCAGCCCCACGAAUGAUAGAUUGGAUACAGGUAGCAGGAGACGGGAAAUACUCGAAUCAAAGCAUAGGAAGGGGGGAUGGAAAGACAACAUACAGACAGCGUUACCACAACCAAAGGAUACUGUAAUAAUGAAUCCAGACGCAAGAAUACGAAUAAUAGGCUUUGAUCUGACUACAUCCCUACCUACAAUAUUCAGGACCAAAACCUCCGUAUUCCGCUCACCAUUAUUCAACCUUCGCUGCAUCCCUUUCUCUCAUUUACCCGCUCGUCGACUGCCUCCAUUUCCCACUGAACGACUGAACGAGUGGACAAGUAGCCAAAAGGAAGGAUGUAUAUACUUCAGUGCGAUAAGCAGUAAGAACGCGGUUAGUAAAUUGGCGGUUGAGCGGAAUAGGUCGAGGAGGAGGUUCAAUUCUGCUUUGGAAGGGUUGCUGAAUGAUGAUGUUGGGAAAGAGGAGACGAGAGGCUUGGUCAAUAAUCAAUACGCAUACAUAGCAUCCCUUACGGCCUCCUUGCACGAUGCCCCCUUCUCUCAGAUCCAAUCUGAUAUUAUCCAAGGAUUGAAAUAUCUGAAAAAGUCACAACCAACUUCUUCGAGUGGAUCGACCCCUUUGUCUGUACCGUUACCUUUACCUAAAUAUAUACCCAGAGGUAAAAUCAGUAAUCACGUGCUUCUACCUACUGAGAACGACCAUGAGAAUUUGGUGAAUAGGAUUUUGUGA